AUGAUACUGCGGGCGCUGCUGCUCGUUCUCCUUGUGGCUGUUUCCGGGGCCCUUUCAGACAACUCCAUUCAGCUAAGUGAAAGUUCCGGCGGCCCUCAUGGCACAGAAUUCUCCGAUGAAGCCUCCGUCAGCGUUGGCCAAACUGUGGACUCCAUUACCAUUCGGGCAGGCGAGCGCGUUGACGGCGUCUCUCUGGAAGUCACAGGUCCGAAGGCGGCAACAUUCAACCACGGCGGAGCUGGUGGAGACGGGAAUACCCUCAAGCUUGCAGCGGGCGAACAUAUCACGUCGAUGGAAGCGCAUUGGGGCAAGAAAGAUGGCCGCACGCGCAUCUUCUACCUCAGCUUCGGCACGAGCGCUGGCAACUCAGUCUCGGGAGGAUCCAUGACGGAAGACAAGAACACGGUCAAAGCACCCGAGGGUUUUCAGCUCGGAGGUUUUUUUGGUCGGGAUGGCGAGGAGAUCGACUCGCUUGGUGCUAUUUGGGCGCGCAUUACAGCCGAGACAGCAGCUCCGGCGACCGAACCCCCUCCUCCGCCAACGAAAGCUCCCGCUCCGGAGAAACCCGCUGGCUCAGGUAGCGUAGAACCUCCUCCCGAUUCAUCCGUCGCGGCGUCUACCGCUGCAUCGACUGAAGCUUCAGCUGCAGAACCCGCUGAAGGCUCAGCGGUAGCAUCUACAGAGGCCUCAGCAGAAGCAGCAGCGACGGAAGCGCCAGCAGCCGAGCCUGGAAAGCCUAAAGAGCCAGCUCCUGGUCCAGCUACUGACGAUAAACCAGGAACAGUUAAACCUGCAGGCCCAGCGAAAUCUGGAGUGAAGAAUACGCGCGCUACCAUCCUGAGCGAGUCGUUUGGUGGACCUCACGGCAACCAAUUCUCCGAUCAGCCUCUCGCCACCUCGGCACAAACUGUGGCCUCCCUCACUAUCCGAGCUGCGGCGCGUGUCGAUGGCCUCACCCUCGAAGUAUCCGGACCCACCGCCCAGACAUUCACGCACGGAGGACCUGGAGGCAAGGAGACCAAGCUCGCUCUGAAAAAGGGCGAAUACAUCACGUCAAUGGAGGUUCACUGGGGCCAAAAGAGCGGCAGGACGCGCAUCUUCUACCUCAGCUUCAGGACGAGUGAGGGCAAUACAGUCGCUGGAGGAACGCAAACGGAAGAAAAGGGCAGCGUAACUGCGCCUGAAGGCUACCAGCUCGGAGGAUUCUUCGGUCGUGACGGAGACAACAUCGACUUGCUAGGAGUGGUGUGGACGAGCAUUGAACCGGUCGCAGAAGCUCCAAAGGGAGGAGGUGGCUCAGUGUCAGAUGAAGAUAUCCAACUCAGUCCAAUGUACGGAGGUCCUCACGGUGUCGCCUUCUCGGACAUCGCGGACAUCGUGCUCGGACAAACGCUAAGCUCCAUCACCCUUCGCGGCGAAGCACGCGUUGAUGCUGUUACGCUGCAGGUGGCAAAACCUGCAGAGUUAACCUGGAGUCACGGCGGCAAGGGCGGCACUGAAACCACGCUUACCCUCGCACCGGGCGAGUACAUCAACUCCAUGGAGAUUCACUGGGGCAAGAAGAGCGGGCGCACCAAGGUGUUCUACGUUAAUUUUACAACGAGUGAGGGCAAGUCUGUGGCUGCCGGGACAAAGACCGAAGAAUUUGUGACGGAAACCGCACCCAAGGGUUUCCAACUUGGCGGCCUGUAUGGCCGUGCGGAAGGCGAAGUGGAUCAACUUGGCGCCAUUUGGAUUAAAAGUUCGGCUAAGCCAGCUUUGCUUACCGACAGCAUGGACUCCGCUUGGUAUGGCCACACGAUUCGUAACUGGGUGGGGCCCACCAUUGGCAACGCGAAGGAUACGGCAUGCUACCGGAAGACGGUGCCUUUCGACAGCAAGAACAUUUGUCCUGUGGGCUACGGCAAGAAUGAUGACGACUGUAUCACACAAUGUCCGAUGGCGUACCCAGUCUCGUGCUUUCUUGAGUGCAUCCCUCAGAACGACGACUGCGCAUUGAACAUCGCUCAGAAGGUUGCGUCUGUAGCGGCUGUCGCGUUCAACGCUGCCACGGCCGGAUUAUUCGGCCAGGUUAAGGCCGCAUACACUACUGCGAAGAAGCUGUACCUCUGCGCUGCAGCCGUCAUCUCCAUCAUCAAGUCGCUCAUUUUCUACCUUCGGUUCACACAAACGACUGCACCCCAAGGGGACACCGAGAAACUGCUCGCCGUCGCGUACCAGUCCGACGUCGUCCUCGUGGAUUUACCGGUGGCUGUGUACUCGUGCCUCGGACUGAAAGUGCCCCCAAAGUUGCAGUGGACGGGAAUUGUGCUCAUGAUCGUGGAGAAUAUCGUCAAGCAGGCCAUCAUCAACGGCGACGUGAUCGUUUCGUCGGCCGAGAAUGUGGUCAACAUGCUGACCAACACUAGCGCCAUCAAAUCCCCCGACUCGAGCGUGAGUGAACUCCAGGACUUCAUGGACAAGAACACCUCGUGUGGCUUUGAAUUGAAGCAGCUCACGGACCGAGUCAUCUUUGCCGUCAGCGACGUCCGGAACAAGACGCCAAACGCAGCAAUCGAUGACAUCCGCGUGACGAUCAGCAAGUCGCCGGUGGUUCUGAAGGACAUCCCUACCGUCACCAACAAUUGCAUGAAAGAAAUGCUGGGCACGAAGACGAAACAGGCUGCGUUUGAGACGCGCGACUUGCUCCGGAAGACCGUGGGGGUGAUCAUCGACCAGCUCAUUGAGACUGGCAAGACGGAUAUGGGCGAAUCCGUGAAAGAGGACGAUUACUUCAUGGAGGUGGCCAACUUGGGGCUUACUGUGCUUGGUGGCAUGGACCCGACCGGUGUCGUGCACAUGGUCUCUCAGUUCGUGCAACCCACAUGCGGACCCACCUCUUUCAUCGGCGAGAUCGACGACGGCAACUUGUAUGAUACUUUGGGGCUGACGACCGUGGACCAAGCUUUCGUGGGCAGCUACGGGUGGUGGUCGAAGACUGGAGACGGAGUCGUGCGUCUCAUCUUCGAGAGCACAGACAAGGAGGACGUGACGGUGGUGGUCCACUCGGGUGGUGACAACUACGCUGAAGUUGACGUAGCUGCAGGCGACACCGUCACUUGGGAGUCGACUGUGUCGGAGUUGCAGGACAAAACUUUGUAUCUGGAUCGCUGGCGUCCUGGUUUACUCGGAAUGCCCGGAUCGGGUGGAGGUUCGCUGCUGAUUUGGAUCCCUCGAGCCUCUGAAGGGGGCAAUCUGCUGAUGCACGUCAGAAUUAAUAUUAGUUAA